CUUUCCUGGAUCUCACUCUGUAGACCAGGCUAGCCUCGAACUCACAGAGAUCCACCUGCCUCUGCCUCCCGAGUGCUGGGAUUAAAGGCGUGGGCCACCACCGCCCAGCUACUGCUGCGGGAUGGCCAAGAGCAACGUGCAAACGCCUCUCAUUUCCCUUAAUUCUGUUCCGUGCACUUCUAAAAUUGAGCUCGUGAAAUUGCCUUGAAAUCGCCUUUCCGCACCUUGUCCAGAUAAAAACAGGAACUUACCAAUGUCUCAGAAUGGUUGAGCUGGAACAGGCAGAGGCCCAGCUGUCCGAGUUAGACCUCCUGGCCAGUAUGUUCCCAGGUGAGAAUGAGCUCAUAGUGAACGACCAACUGGCAUUAGCAGAGCUGAAACACUGUAUUGAGAAGAGGACAAUGGAGGAGCGGUCAUCACAAGUAUAUUUUACAAUCAACAUGAACCUGGACUUGUCUGAGGAAGCAAUGGUGAUGUUUUCUCUGUCCUGCAUUCUCCCCUUUAAGUACCCUACAGUCCUGCCUGAAAUUACUGUCAGAUCAGUAUCACUGAGUAGAUCCCAGCAGACUCAGCUGAACACAGAUCUGAUAGCAUACCUGCAGAAGACCUGUCUUGGAGAUGUCUGUAUACUGAAUGCCACAGAGUGGGUUAGAGAGCAUGCCUCUAACUAUGUCAACAGAGAUGCUUCGUCUUCCCCUGCCAAGGAAAGCCCAGCCCAGCCCCUGGAUCUCACUCUCACGAGGCUCUGGAUCUAUAGCCAUCACAUCUACAACAAGUGCAAAAGAAAAAGCAUUCUAGAGUGGGCAAAGGAACUGUCCCUGUCUGGGUUCAGCAUGCCUGGGAAACCUGGUGUGGUCUGUGUAGAAGGUCCACAGAGUGCUUGCGAAGAGUUCUGGUCAAGACUCAGAAAAUUAAACUGGAAGAGAAUUUUAAUUCGCCAUCGAGAAGACAUUCCUUUUGAUAGUACAAAGGAUGAAAUGGAAAAACAACGGAUAUUUUCCAUUUUUGAAGAAAAGGUCUUCAGUGUCCAUGGAGCCAGAGGAAACCACAUGGACUUUGGUCAACUGUAUCAGUUCUUAAAUGCCAGGGGACGUGGGGAUGUUUUCCAGAUGUUCUUUGGGGUGGAAGGACAGUGACUGAGCAGAGGGGUGGUUGGAUGUUCUUUCUUUGAUUGUUUCUUCCCAUUCUUGCCUGGAUUUUCAUUUUAGUUCCAUUCUAGAAAGUUACAGAAUCGGGGGCAUGAGAAGACAAUUAACGUAGUUGAAAAGCAUCUGUUAAAACAUGCCAUGACUGAAAAAAGAACUGAGUUUCAAGUUAGCAACUUUAAAUUACCAAUAGAGAAGGCUGGAGAAAUAGGCCAGAGGUUAAGAGCAUAUAUUGCUGUCACUGAGGACCUAAGUUCAGUGCCCAGCACCCAUGGCAGGCAGCUCAUAAUCACCUAUAAUUCAGAACUUCAGGGUAUCUGAUGACCUCUGUCCUCCGCAAGGGUGCGUGCACAAACAUAGGCACAUACAAAUAUCAGGGCAUCAGAUCUCCCGGAUGUGGACUUAAAGGAAGUUGUGAGUUGCCCAGUGUGGGUACUGGGAACCAAACUUGAGUCCUCAACAAGAGCAAGGCAUACUUUUAACCACUGAGCCAUCUCUCCAACCUGUUGGAAACUUUUGACAUGAGCUGGCCAUGAUGGCACAUGCUUGUAAUCCCAGCACUUGGGAAGUAGAGGAAAGAGGAUCAGGAGUUCAAGGCCACCUUGGGCUACAUAAGGCUCUGUCUUAAAAACCAAAACCAAGGGGUUGGGGAUUUAGCUCAGUGGUAGAGUGCUUGUCUAGCAAGCGCAAGGCCCUGGGUUCGGUCCUCAGCUCUGAAAAAAUUAAAAUAAAAAUAAAAAAGUUUCAAAAAAAACCCCCCAAAACCAAAGUUAUUCAUAGAAACUUGAAAGACAAAUUAUUUGUGAAGGUAAUUUUGGUGGUUCAACUUGCUAGGCAUUUCCCACACCCUUCUGCCUUUACUGAGGAACCUGGGAAAGCUGUCUGCUCUUGGCCUCUCUUGCAGCUAUAUCGGGCUGUAGGUUACAGCUGCAGGAUUUCAGGGGAGGAAUUUGCUUCUCUUUGUGCCAUGAAUCCUGCAGCAAUGGCAGGAGAAGGGAAGGAUGGUCCAAGACAACUACAGAGAAGCCAGUCCUACUUGUCAUGUGCCGACCCAACACUAAUCCUUGGUGAUCUUCAGACCUUUGAAGUGAUGACUUUUUAAAGUCUCUGUGUUUGUUAGCAGCAGCCAAAUGUUAAUCUGUCAGAUUUUUUUUUCAAAGCUUUGGCUUUGAAACUAUAAUAUACAAGCAGUAAAGUUAUCCUCAGCAGUA